GGAAAGCUAAACCUGGAACCAGGAAAUAUCCACAAGCCUCUUGAAGUUGAAAAACAGCUGGGCUCCCUUCGGAGACAGAGCACCAUGGGAAACAGGCUCUGCUGUGGAGGAGGCUGGAGCUGCCCAUCAACUUUGCAGAAUAAAAAGAAAACAGAGAGCCAAGGAAAAUGGACAUUGAAGACACAUCAGCAACAGCUGCAGCAGAACGGCACAAAGGGCCAUGAAACAACACGACAUACGUAUAAGCAGGUGUCAUGGCGUGAGUCGUGUGAGAGGAGUCAAGACGUCCUGGUGGAGGACAGCAGCUUACAUUACGCAGACAUUCAACUGUGCAGCCGCACCCAGCCACGGUCUUCCCAUGAGGUGAAACAUCUGGAAAAUACAACAGAAUAUGCCACUCUUCGCUUCCCCCAGGCCACACUUCGCUAUGACAGCAAGAAAGGGACCCUAGUGUGACUGCUGGGGAUGUGGGGCCGGUCCUUCCUCUACUACUACUUCUGUGGGAGAAUCCUCUGCUGGAGGAAUUGAGUGGCAGCCAGGGAUAUGGGCUAUUUCUUUUUUUUUUUUUUAAUAUAUAUAUUUUAAACACUUUAAGAUAUUUUUUCUUUUUUAUUUUAUUUUAUUUUUUUGCAGUCUUUGGCUGGGACUGGGUUUGAACCCGCCACCUCCAGCAUAUGGGGCCGGAGCCCUACCCUUUUGAGCCACAGGCGCUGCCCUGGGCCAUUUCUUAAAACUAAAGAACUCCAGAGCCCCUGGAAUUGUUUCUAGUCUCUCCCUUAGGCUUCUUAUUUGCCACCGUUGGGUCGGAGUUGUAGUUGGGUUAGCUAUGGAAGGAUAAAGUUCCUCAAAAUGAGGAGGUUAGGUCAAGGGUGCAAGGAGGUGGGUCUUUAACCCCAUCAUUGCUCCUGCUCUUUAGAGAAGUUCAAAAAGAACUGGUUACCUUACAAGUACUUGGGGUGAUCUUGUUGGACUUUAAUGGUAUCCCUUUUACGCACCUUAAACACAAAUGCUGACAGGAGUUGCUCUGGAAAAGCAUUCUGAGCUCCUGCACACAGCCCCCUGGGAUGGCUUGGGCAGUUUCCUCUGUGGCUGCCUAGGUCAAGGGGUUCAGACUAAUGCCUCAGAGCCUGACGCCAGGAGGAAGCCAUUCUCCAACCAUUGGCCACAAGGACUUCCAGUCACUGGUCACUGAUUUCUGACAGCACAGCGAGGUCCAGAAGUUUCCCUUGUUGGGACUGUUCUCUGGAGGGUAUGGGGCCACUAGGUUCAAUAAAUUGCUUGAGGA